GAAGGAGGGUUUUAAGUUCAAUGGAGGCAGUGCUGCAUAGUGUUGGCGUUGGUCUAUGUACCCCGCGACUCAUACACAAUUCUAGAAAACCUAACAAACACCAUUCCUCUUUUGGCCGCGGCGGUAACGGUUCUUUAUCCGCCACUUGCUCCGCCACCAGCAAAUGGGCGGAACGUCUCAUCUCCGAUUUCCAAUUCCUCGGCGACGCUUCCUCCGCCGCCGCACCUCGCCCGUCCCUCCCUCCACCUCCUCCGGAACGCUACCUCUCGAUCCCUUUGGACUUGUACCGAAUUCUGGGCGCCGAAACGCACUUCCUCGGCGACGGCAUUCGUAGGGCUUACGAGGCGAGGAACUCGAAGCCUCCUCAGUACGCUUUCAGUAACGACGCUUUAAUCAGCCGUCGCCAAAUUCUUCAAGCCGCUUGUGAAACCCUAGCUGAUCCUGCUUCUAGAAGAGAGUACAAUCAAGGCCUCUUCGAUGACGAGGACGCUACCAUUCUCACCCAAGUUCCUUUCGAUAAGGUUCCUGGAGCUUUGUGCGCGUUGCAGGAAGCUGGAGAGACGGAGUUAGUGCUUCAGAUUGGACAAGGUUUGCUUAGAGAGAGGUUGCCAAAGUCGUUUAAGCAAGAUGUUGUUUUGGCUAUGGCACUCGCUUAUGUUGACAUCUCAAGGGAUGCUAUGGCUUUGUCCCCACCUGAUUUCAUUGCUUCCUGUGAAAUGCUCGAGAGGGCAUUGAAACUUUUGCAGGAAGAAGGUGCAAGCAGCCUAGCACCAGAUUUACAAGCACAAAUUGAUGAGACGCUAGAAGAGAUAACCCCACGUUGUGUUUUGGAACUUUUAGCCUUGCCUCUUGGGGACGAACAUCGAACGCGGAGGGAGGAGGGUCUUCAUGGUGUCCGCAACAUUUUGUGGGCUGUUGGAGGAGGGGGAGCAGCAGCAAUUGCUGGGGGUUUCACCCGUGAAGAUUUCAUGAAUGAAGCAUUUGUACAUAUGACAGCGUCUGAACAGGUUGAACUUUUUGUAGCCACACCAAGUAAUAUUCCAGCUGAAAGCUUUGAAGCCUAUGGGGUGGCACUUGCACUGGUUGCACAAGCAUUUAUAGGUAAAAAACCACAUCUUAUACAGGAUGCUGAUAACUUAUUUCAACAACUUCAACAAACUAAGGUAACAACUGUGAGGAAUGCUCCCUCUGUUUAUACUCCCAAGGAGAAGAGAGAGGUUGACUUUGCUUUAGAAAGGGGCCUCUGUGCACUGCUGGUUGGGGAGCUUGAUCAGUGUCGGUCAUGGUUGGGACUAGAUAGUGAUAGCUCUCCUUAUAGAAACCCAUCUAUUAUAGAAUUUGUUAUGGAAAAUGCAAAGGGUGAUGAAGACAGUGAUCUUCCUGGACUCUGUAAAUUGUUGGAGACAUGGUUGAUGGAAGUGGUAUUCCCCAGAUUUAGAGAUACUAAAGACACAACAUUCAAGCUUGGAGAUUACUACGAUGAUCCAACAGUGCUGAGAUAUCUAGAGAGGCUGGAGGGUGUUGGUCAUUCACCCUUGGCUGCUGCCGCAGCUAUAGUUAAAAUUGGAGCUGAGGCUACUGCUGUUAUUGGCCAUGUCAAAGAUAGUGCAAUAAAUGCAUUGAAGAAGGUAUUUCCUGUUGGUUCUGAGGAUCAAAUUGUCAAAGAUCAGAAAAAUGGUGUGAAGGAUUAUGUCAGCCUCUCUGACAGUGACAAUCCUCUGAUAUUAUCUGAUCAGGAUACUUCAGCCAGUGUUGGGGUUUCUGGAAUUAAAAAUUCUGCCGAGAUAAGCGAUGGUGAAUUUAUUACUAACGAAAUAAAAAAUGCAAGUGUGAUGAUCAUGUGUGCUGGUGUUGUAAUUGGACUUGUAACUUUGGUUGGUUUGAAGGUUUUACCUGCUAGGAAUGGCUCACCCAUCCUACGCAAAAUGACUGGUUCAGCCAUGGCAUCAGAUACUAUCAACUUAGAUCCCUUAGGAGCUGAAGAAUCAGGAGAGCAACUACCAAAAAUGGAUGCAAGGGUUGCAGAAGCUCUAGUUCGCAAGUGGCAAAAUAUCAAAUCCCAAGCUUUUGGACCUGACCAUUGCCUUGGAAGAUUGCAAGAGGUUUUGGAUGGUGAGAUGUUGAAGAUAUGGACAGAUCGUGCAGCUGAGAUUGCAGAGCGUGGUUGGUCCUAUGUCUACACCUUGGAGGACCUCAACAUCGAUAGUGUGACGAUAUCCCAGAAUGGGGUCCGUGCAGUGGUGGAAACAACUCUCAAAGAGUUAACCCACCUCACUGCUGUAGGUCAUCCACAACACGAUGCUUUGAACAGUAGAACCUACACAACAAGAUAUGAGAUGUCUUUUUCAGGUUCAGGUUGGAAAAUUGUUGAAGGAGCUGUCCUUGAGUCAUAAUUAGAUUUUCUAACUCGUUCAGGUUAUCAUACAUCAAAAUAACGUUGUUCACUUCUCAAGCACGAGUGUAGUCAGGUUGUAAAUACUAACGGUAUUUGCUAUCAGAUUAUGAGAUGAGAUGAAAAGGAAAUGGCGAAGUAGGCAAGUGUUGUAUUAUCCGCUUUUGGAUGGUCAAUUAUGAAAGGGAAACGAAAAAAAAGUUAUGUGGGAGAUGUUACUUCCAGAUUAUGUACCAAGCUGGUUUAUUCCCCAGUUAAUCCUUGGAAAAUGUGGAUUUAUGGGUCCAACAAAUAGCUAAGUAUGACUGGGAUAGGUUAUUCUGUCUACUUUCAAUUUGCCUACUUUUGUCUACUUUUUUUUAUUACUGUUCGAUUACAAUCUAAU